GUGCGUCACGUCGGGAGGCGGCACCUGAGAGAAGAAAACUUCAGGAUGAGUCAGAGUCACUGACCACAGUGGGAAAUCUACACGGAGGCUCGUUUACUCACAUUUCUGAAUCACAGCCUGUAGAAAUACAAAACAACCACAGCAAACUGCACCUAAAGCUGGAAUUACUCUGAACUUUGACCCCAAAAUGCCAGAGGAGGUGAAAAUGAGCAGAAAGAGAGGGAGGACUUCCCUAGAGAAAAAAAAAAUACUUUAGUACUGUAUUUCAAACAUACUUCCAUUUCUAUCAGACUCCAUAUUAAGAUGGAGGACGGGAAUAACUUGUCUUCUUGUUAACAGAGACUUACUGAGGUCCAGAAGAUGGAAGAUUUUGACCUAAAGGAGGACAGAGCAGAACCUCCAGGAUCCGUCUGUCCUUCUAUGAGGAGUGACCGGUCCAGAGAUAAACCUCCAGUCUUCAGUAAUGAACCAGAACCAUCAGACCCAGAAGGGAGGAAGAGGAGCAGCGUUGGUGAGGAGGAGCAGCCGUCCUGCUGUGCUUUGUGUCAGAAGGUUCUGAUGGAUCCGGUCUCUACCAGCUGUGGUCACUGGUUCUGCAGACAGUGCAUCAGGUUCUACUGGGACCAGUCUGGACCCUCCUCCUGCCCCCAGUGUGGAGAAAGACCCAGAACAGGAGCUGGACUGCUGACAGCCAAUCAGAGCAGCUGUGCUCCAGAUGUUGUUCUGCAGCAAGUUCUACAGGAGCAUAAGAUCAGUCUGCGGAGGAGAUGUGAAUGUGUGACUGAAGAAUGCGAUGUAACAGGAAGUAGAACCCUCCUCAACAGGAUCUACACUGAUCUCUACAUCACAGAGGGACAAAGUGAAGAGGUUAAUACCCAACAUGAGGUGAAGCAGCUGGAGAGAGCUUCCAAGAUCCAAAACCUCCAUGACUCUCCAAUCAGGUGCCAUGACAUCUUUAAAGCCUUCCCUGACCAACAUGGAGCCAUCAGAGUGGUUCUGACCAACGGCGUCGCUGGUGUUGGAAAAACCUUCUCAGUUCAGAAGUUCACUCUGGACUGGGCAGAGGGCUUGGAGAACCAAGAUGUCAGUGUGGUGGUUCUGCUUUCGUUCAGGGAGCUGAACUUGAUCAGAGAUGAGCAGCACAGUCUUCUCACGCUGCUCCAUGUUUUCCAUCCAACCCUCCAGAAGCUCCUAGCAGAGCAACUGGCUGUCUGCAAACUUCUCUUUAUCUUUGAUGGCCUGGAUGAAAGCAGACUUUCACUGGACUUCAACAACAGUCAGCUGGUUUCUGACGUCACACAGAAGUCAUCAGUCAACGUUCUGCUGACAAACCUCAUCAAGAGGAACCUGCUUCCGUCAGCUCUCAUCUGGAUAACUUCCAGACCUGCAACAGCCAAUCAGAUCCCUCCUUCAUGUAUUUCCAGGAUAACAGAAGUACGAGGCUUCACUGACGCCCAGAAGGAGGAGUACUUCAGGAAGAGGUUCAGUGAUGAAGAGAUGUCCAGCAGAAUCAUCUCCCACAUCAAGGCCUCUAGGAGCCUCCACAUCAUGUGUGGAAUCCCCGUCUUUUGCUGGAUCACUGCUACAGUUCUGGAGAACAUGUUGACCUCAGAGCAGAGAGGAGAGCUACCUAAGAACAUGACUGACAUGUACUCACACUUCCUGCUGGUCCAGACAAAGAGGAAGAAGAACAAGUACCAUGGAGGACAUGAGACAAGUCCACAGGAGCUGAUGGAGGCUGACAAAGAAGUUCUUCUGAAGCUGGGGAGGCUGGCAUUUGAACAUCUGGAGAAAGGAAACAUCAUGUUCUACCAAGAAGACCUGGAGCAGUGUGGUCUGGAUGUCACAGAAGCUUCAGUGUACUCAGGAGUUUGUACAGAGAUCUUCAAAAGAGAGAAUCUGAUCUUCCAGAAAUCAGUCUACUGCUUUGUCCACCUGAGCAUUCAGGAGUUUCUGGCUGCAGUCUAUAUGUUCCACUGUUUCACCACAAGGAAUACAGAGGUAGUGAAGAAAUUCCUGGGAAAAGAAUUCAGUGAAACAUCUUUGGAGGUCAUCAUAAAAAAAGUCCUAGAGAAAUCCUUCUUCAGUAAAAAUGGCCACCUGGACCUGUUUGUUUGUUUCCUUCAUGGUCUCACUCUGGAGUCCAACCAGAGACUGUUAGGAGGCCUUCUGGGUCAGACAGAGGACAGUCCAAGAACCAUCCAGAGAAUCAUCAACAAUCUGAAGGAGAUGAACACUGAUAGAAUCUCUCCUGACAGAAUCAUCAACAUCUUCCACUGCCUGGUGGAGAUGAAUGACCGCUCAGUUUUUCAGGAGAUCCAACAGUUCCUGAAAUCAGGGAAUAAACUGUCGGAGAUCCAGUGUUCAGCUCUGGCCUACAUGCUGCAGAUGUCAGAGGUUCUGGGUGAGUUGGACCUGGAGAAGUACAACACAUCAGAAUCGGGACGACUGAGACUGGUUCCAGCUGUGAGGAACUGCAGAACGGCUCGACUUGGUGGCUGUAAACUCAGACAGGCUGAAUGUGAAGUUGUGGCUUCAGCUCUGAAGUCCAACCAACAUCUGACUGAACUGGAAAUAAGUCAGAUCUACAUAUUUGGAACCAGUACAGACUCUGGACUGAAUCAUCUGUUUGAGAUCCUGGAGAGUUCAGUCAGUAAAGUAAAGAGUCUGAGAUUGGAGUACUGCAGGUUAUCAGAGAUCAGCUGUUCUUCUCUGGUCUCAGCUCUGAAGUCCAACCCCUCCCAUCUGACUGAACUGGACCAGAGAGGAAACGACCUGAAAGAUUCUGGAGUGAAGGAGCUCUGUGGUUUUCUACAGAAUCCUGAAUGCAGAAUACAACGAUUAAUAUUGGAGUACUGCAGGUUAUCAGAGAUCAGCUGUUCUUCUCUGGUCUCAGCUCUGAAGUCCAACCCCUCCCAUCUGACUGAACUGGACUUGAGCAACAACAACCUCAAAGAUUCUGGAGUGAAGGAGCUCUGUGGUUUUCUACAGAAUCCUGAAUGCAGAAUACAACGAUUAAUAUUGGAGAAAUGCAGGUUGUCAAAGAUCAGCUGUUCUUCUCUGGUCUCAGCUCUGAAGUCCAACCAACAUCUGACUGAACUGGACCUGAGCAGAAACAACCUCAAAGAUUCUGAUGUUCAGCAGCUGAAGCUUUUUGUAAAAGAUGUUCAGAUCUGAUGUUCUCUGUAAAGAAGAGAAUCGUCUCUGUUUCCUGCUGAUCCUCAGAGAUUGAAGCUGCAGCAGUUUGAGUCUAAAGAGACUCUGACUGGAUCAUGAUGACCUUUGACCUGAAUGAUUUCCUUCCUGUUUAUUUCCUCCUGUCUGUCAUUUUGUAUCUGAUAUUGAUUUUCUCUUUGGAUCGAUGAAGAUGAAAUUGUAACUCGGCUCCAUUUAGAGGCUUCAUGGAGUUUUGAUCUGAACUUGAUUCAGUUUUUAAACUUUAUCAUUUUUCUCUGAUUCAUUUUCAUCCUGGAAGCAGAAAUAUGAAACAUAUUUCAGUUCAGCCGUUUCCAGGCUGCAUGUUUGCUUCAUUUGAAUUCAGUUUCUGAUGUUUUGCAGCUCUGGUCUUUCUAUCUGCUGCUGUAAACGACUCAGUGAGGAAAUUAUGCAACUUUUACUGAUGAUUUUAAAUAAAUAUUUUAAUUUCCUGG